CUUGGUUUCUCCAAAGACUGGAAUUCAUCUUUCAUGGUUGUGAUGCAUCACAUAAGCUGCAAUCAGUUUGAAGCAGAGCACUGUCAGAAGACUAUUGUUUCUGCAUCUUCAGUCUCAGCUCCUUAAACACUGUUAACUAUUUUAGUAGUCUUUGUACAGCUUUACAGUUCCUCUGCAAACCUAAUUUGUUUGGGUUACAAACUAUGUCCACAAGUACAGUGUGGAGUAUGCAAGUACAGUGUGGUUAGGAAAGAUAAUCCUUUUUAUGGACUUCAAAUACAUAGGCACUAUUAACAGGUCUGCAAACGGAGAAGGUGUAUUCUAAGUCUCUGAAUGCUACUUUUAGGAAACCAUUAAAAUGGUCAUUUAUUCAAAAGAAAAAAACAUUUUCUAUGAAGGUCUACAAGACAGAUAAGCCUCCCUUCUUUUCUUGAUAGUUGUGUGACCUUCUUUUGUAGUUAUGGCAGCUGCUACAAUAGUUCAUGAUACUUCUGAAGCUGUGGAACUCUGUGGUCCAUAUGGGUUACACCUUAAACCCAUUACAAAAAUGACUAUCAGCGUUGCACUUCCUCAGUUGAAGCAGCCAGGGAAGUCCAUUUCCAACUGGGAGGUGAUGGAAAGGCUGAAAGGAAUGGUACAAACACAUCAGUUCUCAACGUUACGGAUUUCCAAAAGUACUAUGGAUUUUAUCCGCUUUGAAGGAGAGGUAGAAAACAAGAGUCUGGUUAAAUCCUUCCUUGCGUGCCUAGAUGGAAAAACUAUAAAACUCAGUGGCUUUUCAGACAUUUUAAAAGUUCGUGCUGCAGAAUACAAAAUUGAUUUUCCUACUCGACAUGACUGGGACUCCUUUUUUCGUGAUGCAAAAGAUAUGAAUGAAACACUGCCAGGGGAAAGACCAGACACUAUUCAUUUGGAGGGCUUACCUUGUAAAUGGUUUGCAUUGAAAGACUCUGGCUCAGAAAAACCAAACAAUGAAGUUCUUAUUAAAGUGUUUAGUAAAUUUGGGGACAUCCGUAACGUGGACAUACCUAUGUUGGACCCAUAUAGGGAAGAAAUGACUGGCAGAAACUUUCAUACAUUCAGUUUUGGGGGCCAUCUGAAUUUUGAAGCUUAUGUUCAGUAUGAAGAAUAUGCAGGUUUCAUCAAGGCUAUGAGUGCUUUGCGAGGUAUGAAACUUAUGUACAAAGGUGAAGAUGGCAAAGCAGUGGCCUGUAACAUAAAGGUUUCAUUUGAUUCAACAAAACAUCUGAGUGAUGCUUCAAUUAAGAAACGUCAGCUUGAAAGGCUGAAGCUCCAAGAGCUUGAAAAACAAAGAGAAGAACAAAAACGUAAAGAAAAAGAAGCAGAGGAAAGACAAAAAGAGGAGGAAAGAAAACAGAAAGAACUGGAGGAAUUAGAAAGAGAGAGAAAAAGGGAAGAGAAAUUGCGGAAAAGAGAGCAGAAACAAAAAGAUCGUGAAAUUCGAAGGAACAAAAAAAGACUUGAAAGAAUACAAGCUGAAGAACAAAAAAAACUGCAAGAAAAGAUAAAGCUAGAGGAGCGGAAGCUUCUCUUAGCUCAGAGAAAUCUUCAGUCCAUUCGUCUAAUUGCUGAACUGCUGAGCAGAGCCAAGGCAAUAAAGCUUCUGGAGCAGGAACACAAUGAGGAAAAAGUCCGCCUUCAGCAGUUGGAAGACAGGAGAAGGCUGCAGGAAGCUGAACUCCGACGUGUAGAGGAAGAAAAAGAGAGAGCUCUUGGGCUGCAGAGAAAAGAGAGGGAAUUGAGAGAGAAACUGUUGAGCAACCUCAUGAACAAGAAAAUAGAAGCAACUGAUCUGAAAAAGGCUGAACCUAACACACUGCAGUCUACCCCUUGGAAAACAGUUGCGGGUGUUCCCCACUGCAUCACAUCUACCUCAGUACAGUCCAUCUUGGCCAAAGCAAUCCAGCCCUGUCAAAGCAGCAUAGCAGUUAAUGAAAGCCUGGGUCCUCAGCUGAAGCACUUAAAUGGGACCCUUCACGAGGAAGCACUCAUCAGUGACCCUAAGAUUACUGUCAUUAACAGGGACACUGCUUCGGCUGAAAGUAGUUCAGGUGUUCUUUCAUGUAUUCCUGCAAAUCAGCAGCACAAGAGCACACCAGACCUUGAGCAGAACAUCUGUAAAAAGGACGUGCUGUCUGAACAAGGCAAGUGUAACAGAGAGCCAAGCAAAGGGAAGAGCCACUCAUGCGGAGACAUGCAUAACCAUCACAGCAAAGAUAAAAUUGAAAAAAACAGGCAUAAAAGAGGCUUAAGUAGUGAGGAUGAAAAAUGCAAAAAGGAAAGACGUCCCCAUAAAAAAUACUCUACAAAAAGUAGCAGUCCUCACCAGAGGAGCUUAAGUCGUGAACGCACGCGACAUCGGCAGUCCUUCAGUAGUGACAGUGAGCAGGAUAAAAGGGGACGCAGUCAUAGUCACAAGAGCAUGGGCAAGAAACAAAGACACCGGAAGAGAUCUCUGAGCAACCAAAGAAGCACUUGGCGUAGGUAAUAGAGGACUUAGCCUUUUGUAAGGGCUGUCUCAGAGAGAACUGGAGUGGAUCUCUCCCCUUUCCACACACAGAGGGGAAGAAAGCUGAUAGGAAAUUUUACUUGAAUAUAGUUUAUGGAGUCAAGAGACAUAACCACACUUUUCAAAGUAUUUUUGAGACUGAACUGUCAUCUCUGUGUUGGGUUACUACAGUACUAUACAUUCUUAAUAUGCUUACUCACACUUUCUCUGUGAUUACCAGCCUAAUUAGGCAUUCAUCAUUUCAUUCCCCCCUGAAUCCUUUCACAGCAAUCUUUUACUUAGAAACUGGCAUGUGUAUGUUUCUAAUAGGACAUGUAAACUUUGCAAGCAGCUGUAUACUUGAUUCAUAGGAACUCAAUAAUCCCAUGCAGGAUUUUUUGCUAUCUGAAUUGGUGCUAGAUGCAACCAUAUUUUUAUACAGUGCUGUGAUGCCUUCUUUGCUAUUUUUGACAAUUGCAUACUUGAUAGAUUGUUACAGGGCCCAAAUUGUCAUGGUGUUUGCUAUUUUCCAUGUUUUAGAGUUCUGUUCAUUUCAAAAGAAAAACGGCAGGUUUUUGAAGCUUCUGAGAAAUUAGGCACAGAAGCUGCUGUUGUAUUAACAUUUGACUUGUGUGUUCAAACCAUUGGUCGUCUUCUAAAUGCAAUUUUGUAGACAUCUGUAUUUUGAAAGGGCCCUUCCUGCUAAAUUAUUUUUAUGUGCAAUGUUCAGGUUCAGAGUUGUAUUUUCUCUUUUUAUAACAUCUUUGCUUCUGGAAAUGAAGCUCAGGAAUUUCCCCAAAAUAUCACUGCAGUGCAAAACCAGCUUCUUUUUUUUUAACCAUAUAAUGGUGAAACCACAAAAGCCAUUGUCAGUGAACCCAAACUACUGCUUCAUAUUUCGGUACAUUAAAGAACUAUACAUACACACAAUUAAA